AUGGCUGCAUACUUUGAGCCAGAUGCCACGUUGUCUCUCUCUGAACUUGCAGCAUAUGAUACUUGCUGCCAAAAGGCCAUCUUUAAGACAAUGAAGCAAGAGGAAAAAGACAGCUUGAAGCAGCGGUGCGGCGGCUCUUGGAAGCUCGUCCUUAUGUACCUGUUGAUCGGCGAGAAGAAUUACCACCGUGGGAAAUCUCAGGUUGUAGCUGGACCAGGGCACACUAUCGCUGUCACAUCGAAGGGGGAUGUGUACUCAUUCGGCGCGAAUUCUUCGGGGCAACUUGGGCUUGGGGAUACAGAAGAACAGUGCGAACCAUGCCUUAUUAGGUCUCUGCAGGGCAUCGGAAUCACACAAGCCGCAGUUAGCUCGAGGCGGACAAUGCUCGUCGGUUUACUCGGUAGGGUGCGGUUUAGGAGGCAAGCUUGGGCAUGGAUGCACGACAAACCUGACGGUCCCAAGGAUGAUCGAGCAUUUGCAGGCACUGAACGUAAAACCGGUAUCGAUUUCAGCGGGCGCUUUCCAUUGUGCAGUCCUGUGGCAGGCUUGGGGUCGGUGAAGGCUCGGUACGUCUCGGCUGGCUAUUGCUCCACCUUCGUCGUCGCAGAGAAUGGCGAUGUCUACUCCUUUGGGUGCCAUCUUUCGCAUAAUCUGGGUUUUCAGGCAGCCGGCGUGGGAGACGCGGGUGAACGGAUUCCCAAGCUAGCCACUCAGAUUGCUGCGCUGGAUGAAAAGGCUGUGCAGAUUAGCGCGACUAACACCUUGGACUGGGCUGGCGACAGUUACGUUCCGGAUCACUCUCAUACGUUCGUCCUCACCGAGUCCGGCAGGCUCUACUCCCUCGGUGCAGGUAGCAAGGGGCAGCUUGGUGUGAAGCUUGCUGAGGGACAGAAAACUAGACCGGCCCCAGAUCGUGUCGCCAUUGAUCUCGCCUAG